UUUUUCUUGGAUAAAAGUGUGUGAAUUUUAAUUGUCUGGUUAAACAUAUUUGACGAAUUUUCAGUUUAGAACAUCAGAUAAUAGUAAUAUUUGUUACUAUGGAAGCUGAAAUUGACAGCGUAGUAGAAAGUAAAUCGCCGGUGAACGAAAAUACAAGUCCAGUAAAUGCAGAUGAGGAAAGGCCGUUUAAUGGUAGCGCAGCAGGGGCUUCUCAGGAAAACAAUGUAACCUCUAAUCUUAAUGGUAACGCUGAAAACUCAAUUACUGAAACAAGCGAUGGGGAAACACAGUGGACUCAAACUCAGCCUGGUGUUGGUGUUGCUAAGCCUUUUAGCAUGUCACCAUUUAACGCGCCACCUGGAGCAUUUCGUGGUGGACGUGGUGGAAUACAUAUUAUGCCGUUUGGUCGGGGCGGUUCACGGGGCGGAGGUGGAAAUUUCGGUGGACGUGGACCAAAUAAUAUGGAUCCAAAUUGGCAGGCACAACCUUCAAACGCUCCCCCAAAUACAUCAAAUGGAUCACCUUUAGAACUUUGGGUUGAGACAAAAACGGAUGAUGGCAAGUCAUAUUUUUAUCAUGCUUUAACAAGAGAAACAACGUGGAAUAAACCUGAAGGUCAAAAUAUUAAAGUUAUGACCCAAGCAGAAAUUGAAGAAAUGAAUAAAAAACAGCAACCACCACAACAAACAAAUAACUUGACAACAGAGGCAGGUGGUAAGGGUCCGGAACCCGUUAUGCAUGCACCGAAUGCUAACAUAGAAGCGAAGAAAGAUCUACCGCCUUUGGCACUAACACAGCCAAUGAAAGCACCAGAAUUGCUUACACAGCAUCCACCACCAAAUUUGAUGUCUCAGCCACCACCCACACAACAGACUUUAACACAACCACCGCCGAAUGUAAUACCAAGCGGUGCUCCACCUAUUACGCAACAACCACCACCAGCAAUACAUCAACAGCCACCGCCAUUCUUUCCGCCUGGCAUGCAUCCUCCUAAUUUCUCUCAAUCUCCAUUUGGAAUGCCACCACCUGGCUAUGGUGGUUUCCCUGGUGGCCCUGCUCCUUGGGGUAUGCCAUGGAAUCAACACAUGCAUCCAGGACACGGACAGCCGCCUCAAGAUAAACCAGCCAAAAAUCUGAUUCUUAAACCGGGCGUAAUAGAUCCUGCAGUAAUUGCACGCGCGGCAGAGUGGUCCGAACACCGAGCUCCUGACGGUCGUCCAUACUAUUACCAUGCCGGUCGUGGCGAAAGUGUUUGGGAGAAACCACAAGCUCUACGCGAUAUGGAAGCAGCACGUAUGGCAGCGCAUUCCGGUACAACACCACAGCAAUCAGUCGCACCACAAGUAGCACCUGGCAUGCCACCACAUAUGAUGCCAAAUCCUGCCCUCAUGCAUAUGACACCCGCAGCUGGUGGUUAUGAUCCCGCGAUGGCUUAUAAUGCUGCGGCAGCCGCCGCCGCUGCUGCAGCUGCAGCUACCGCUAAUCUUAAGCCACUCGAGCAAACCAAAGCUGCUCAAGCAGCUGCGCUUGAAAAAGAAUCAAAGAAAGCCGCAGAGGAGAAACGAAAAAAGGAGGAAGAACAAAAGAAAGCGGCAACACCUACGACAAAACCUGUGGACAAAUCACGUCCAAUUUCGAGCACACCCAUUGCAGGCACUCCAUGGUGUGUCGUUUGGACAGGAGAUGCACGAGUAUUCUUUUACAAUCCCUCAACUCGCACAUCUGUGUGGGAAAGACCCGACGAUUUAUUAGACCGUGCUGAUGUCGAUAAAGCCGUCAAUAAUCCACCCGAACAAUUAAAGGCAGCAGGAAAUGUCGUUAUUGAAAAACAAGUUGAAAAGGGGGAGAUCGAAAAGAAGAAAGAGGUUGAAGUUGCUGAAGAAGAAGAAGAGGAAGAGCAAGAUGAUGAUGAAGUAAUUAAAAUUCGCACGGAAUCUGAAUCGAGUGUGGAGGAAGUGCCAACAAAGAAGUCUAGAUUGAGCGCAAAGCAAACACGAAAAGCUGAUGCUAAUGAGGCAGCUGUGGAGGCGGAAGUCCGUGCCGCUAAGGAACGCGCAGUAGUGCCAUUGGAAACGCGUGUCAAACAGUUCAAAGAAAUGUUGCGUGAGAAAGAUGUAUCUGCAUUCAGUACUUGGGAAAAGGAGUUACAUAAAAUUGUGUUUGAUCCCCGUUACUUGCUACUAACUUCGAAGGAACGGAAACAGGUAUUUGAAAAGUAUGUUAAAGAUCGUGCUGAAGAGGAACGCAAGGAGAAACGUAAUAAAAUGCGGCAAAAGCGUGAAGAUUUCCGAAAACUCAUGGAAGAUGCUAAACUCCAUGGCAAAUCGUCAUUCAGCGACUUUUGUCAACGUUAUGGUAAAGAUGACCGAUAUAAGGCCAUAGAAAAAGUACGCGAACGCGAAAGUCUCUUCAACGAAUAUAUUGUAGAUGUGCGGCGUCGCGAAAAAGAGGAGAAAAUUCUAAAGAAGGAACAGAUACGCAAAGAUUUCAUUGAAAUGUUGCGCGAACGUUCAGAUAUGGAUCGACAUACUCGUUGGCAUGAUAUCAAGAAGAAAUUCGAUGCGGAUCCACGUUAUCGCGCUGUGGAGAGCUCUAACUAUCGGGAGGAGUACUUUCAGGACUACAUGCGUAUUAUGAAGGAAGAGAAGCGUAAACAGCGUGAACAAAAGGAUCGAGAGAGAGAAAAGGAGCGUGAGAAGGAGCGCGAGCGUGAUAGGGACAGGGAUCGUGAUCGUGAUCGUAAGUCAGACAGAAAGCGUGGACGCAGCGAUCGUAGUCGCAGUCGUAGUCGUGAUCGCGAUCGUGAACGCAACGAAAAGGACAAAGGUAAAGAUCGUGAGAAGGAAAAGGAUAAGGAGCGCGAGAAAGAUAAGGAGAGGGAGAAAGAUAAAGAUAAAGACAAGAGAAAGGAUGAAGAGGCAGAGAAGGACAAAGACAAGGAGAAGAACGGUGAUUCUAAAAGAAAGCAUGAUGAAUCGGAUGAAGAAGGCGAGCAUCACGAUGACGAAGAUGGACCCACUAAUAGCGAGGACGAUGAAGCGGAACGUCUUCAAAAGGAACGGGAAAAACAAUUGCGUGCGGAGCAAAGCAUACGCGAGCGUGAGAAGGAAGUGCAACGAACGUUGGCCGGACAUUUGCGCGAUCGGGAUAAGGAACGUGAGCAUCAUAAACGAGAUGAAGCGAUUGGCCAUUUCAAUGCGCUGCUCACGGACUUGGUGCGCAAUCCAGAUCUCACGUGGAAGGAAGUAAAACGGCAGCUGCGUAAAGAUAGCCGUUGGGAACUAAUUGAAACUCUGGAUAGAGAUGAUCGUGAAAAGAUUUUCAACGAACACAUCGACACGCUAAUGAAGCGUAAACGUGAAAAAUUCCGUGAAAUGCUUGAUGAGUUGUCUACGCUUGAGUUAACCAGCUCAUGGAAGGAUAUCAAGAAAUUAAUCAAAGAUGAUCCACGUUAUCUUAAAUAUAACAAUUCUGAUAAAUGCGAACGUGAGUUUCGUGAUUAUAUCAAAGACAAAACACUUGCGGCGAAGACUGCAUUGCGCGAGCUUUUGCUGGAGUGUAAAUUAAUUACUCACAAGAGUAGUGAAAUUGUUAAUGAAAACCCCAAUCAUCUGAAAGAUAUACAAGAUAUUCUAAAGAAUGACAAGCGCUAUCUUAUUUUGGACCAUAUGGAAGAAGAACGCAUCACCAUUAUCGUAAACUAUUUGGAGGAGUUGCAUAAGCGUGGACCACCACCACCGCCAACAGCUUCCGAAUCCACUAGGCGCAAUAAGUAGUUUGUAGAAUAUAGUUAUUUUUUUUUUUAACCAAAAGUAGGUGGGAAAAUAGCAUUUUUAUGCAAUGUUAUAGCCACCUUUACGAAAUAAUUUAUGAAGCAUUUCACUUAUUUUAGACUCAAAUACAAUCCUUUUAAUUUGAAUUUUCUAAAAUAAACCAUGUAAUAAUAUAAAAU